AUGGCGCACUCAGCCGCUCCCUUUCUCGUGAUCAUCGUGGGCGGCAGCCUGGUAGGACUCACUACAGCAUUGGCUCUAGGGAAGGCGGGUAUCGACUUUCUAGUUCUCGAGAGACAGGAGAUUGCGCCAAAUGCGGGAGCGUCCAUAUCCAUCCAUCCACAUAUCCAAAGGGUCAUGGAACAGCUUGGUGUUUGGCCAGAGAUCAAGGAAAGGGUUUACCCUCUAGGCCAACGAUAUCACUAUGAUGAACAUGGAUACCUUCUUGAUCAUUCGAAGAUACUCCUCGAGAUAUCCAAGAUGACUCUCGGCCGCUGGACUACAUUCAUGGAACGUAAAUUCGAGCUACAGUGCAUCUAUAACCAAAUCCAGGACAAGACGCGCGUCCGGUCCAAUUGCAGAGUAGUCUCAUACACAGAGUCUCAACAUGGUGUGGAGGUGACCACCGAUCAAGGCGAGACUCUCGUCGGCGACAUGCUGAUUGGCGCCGACGGCAUACACAGCUCCAUCCGAAGACUCUUGGCCGACAAGAUGGAGGACCGCGAUCCCGCUGCCGCCCGAGAGAUGCGCGAGGGCUUUGAGAGCACCCACCACUGCAUCUUUGCCACCUCGGCCAAUGUCAACUCCAGCCACUUGGGCGAGCCGUUCCUGGCCGCCGGUGAAGUGCACAAUGUCUACUACCGCGGGUUCUCGGGCGUCGCGGCCGCCGGGGCUCCCGGGCUGGUAUUCUGGUUCCUCUUUGUGAAGAGCGAUGGCGUUACCCGCACGCCCAACACGCCCCAAUUCACCGAGGCGGAGAUGGAGGCCACCAUUUCCAAGUACGGGCACCACAAGUUAGGAUCAAAUUACACCUUUCAAGACCUCUGGAUGGGACGACAAAAGGCCGCGAUGGUGCCGCUGGAGGAAGGCGUCCUGAGAACAAAAUGGCACUCGGGCGGCAGAGUCGUGCUGGUAGGAGACUCUGUGCACAAGGCCACGGUCAACCCCGGCCUUGGCGGUAACCUUGCCGUUGAAGGCGUUGUGCACCUCCUGAAUGAGCUCGUGCCCUGGGUGCACCGAUGCGUCGCGGAAGAAGCGAGGACUCCGACCAAAGAAGAACUGGUGUCAGUGUUUGACGAGUACGAGAAGAGACAGCGGCCACAUGCCAACCUGAUUGUCAGCAGGUCAGGUUACAUUACCAGAUAUGAGGCCAUGGAGACGUGGUGGCUGAGGGCUCUCCUACGAAUCUCUCCAUGGAUUAGUGAUCAUAUCAAGGCGAAUGGCUUUGUUAGUUACAUGAAGGAAGGACCUUGGCUGUCUUUUCUUCCGAACCCAGAUGAGUCAGCGGUUCACGAUACAUCGAGUCACAAAUGA